UGCCUUGCAAUGGUCUUGUCAAUGCUAUAGUAAUGUACAUCAUACAUACACCAAACUUUUUUAUGUUCACCUUCACGGAAGGUAAACGUACUGUUUUUGUUCUGUUUUCUAUUCUCCAAUCAAAUAAGGUCAACGACCUGGACCAAACGCCCGUCACCAUGGUCACCAAAGACGCAGACACCCUGUGGUGUUUGGUUACAUAAUGUAGCAAAUGUCUUAACACAGAUCUGGAGGGGCUCAGGUCACUAAAUAUAAAUGUGAAACAUAGCAGUAGUCACUGUUAGGCUGUAUUAUGUGAUGGUAAACAUUAUAUAUUUGCUUGCAAAUGUCACCAUUCUAGUUGUGUGAUUUUUGUGUGUACUGUAAUGAUGAUGGAAUGCUACAAUGUCAUGUCUAUUGUAGUUUGUUGGGACUUUUUGUUUAUGGAUUUAUUAGGACUCAUGUCUGCUUCUUAUAUUCUGUAUCUAAAUUAAAUUUUGUCCUAACAUCACCUCUUCUCGCACCUUUCUCAAUGAAAAGGGCAUUUUAGUUUUCAUGAAUAAACAAAGGCUCAAACAAACAAAUGCAUGGCAUUGUGGAGGUACAUUCAACUGCAAUAGACUGUCCUUAAGAGCAGCACAGUAGUGUAUGUGAAACACAAUCCUACAGGUAUGUGUCGUAACAAUGCCAAUGUUAAUGUCAGGUGGAACAGGAAACCUGAUCUGUGUAAACAAAGAGUGGGCAUUCAGAAUGGUCAGCAGAAAAAAUAGGACCCUGAUGAAGGGCUCACGUCACGGGUUGGAAAAGGCAACAAAAUGGCGGCUGCAGCGUCAACCUUGGGGGAGCACUUCUCAGAAGAGCUGACCUGCAGCAUCUGCCUGGAGCUGUUCACCAGGCCCAAGGUGCUGCCCUGUCAGCACACCUUCUGUCAGGACUGUCUACAGGACCAUGCAGGGAAAAAGAAACACCUGAAGUGCCCAAACUGUCGACAGCAGGUAGAGUUGUCAUCCCAGGGGGUCGCAGGUUUGCAGGACAACCACUUGGUUACAAGUCUGUGUGAGAGGCUGCAAAACCAGGCCACACUGUCGGGGGAAACAAGGGAACAACCCCAGUCUGGAAACAGGUGCAGUUUUCACCCCUCAGAGGAAGCCAAGCUCCUCUGUAAGCAGUGUAAUAUACCAGUUUGUAACGAGUGUUUGGAUGAAAUGCACAGUGAUCAUGCAACAAUGAGCCUGAAAAAGGCAUUACAAGAAAGGGAGCAACUCAUUGCUGAGGGGAAGAACAUAUUGGAGACUUUCCAUAGUUUCAUUCUAAUUCUUAAGGAGAAGGAAAAGUCCUUGAAUGAACAGAAACAGCAAACAGACAAGAGCAUAAACCAGACCUACAAGCAAAUGGUGCAGAAACUCACAGAGAACAGAGACCAUCUUCUGUCUAGAGUUGACAACAAACACAGGAAAAAUAAGGAGGUGUUACAGAAGGAAAGGGACAGGCUUCUGGCAGGUAAAAAUGAACUGUCUACUGUCUGUGGUCGGGCAGAGAAAGAAAGGCAGAAAGGUGCUUUUAGUGAAAGAACUGUUUUGAUACAGGUGGUAGGAAAGUACAGAGGAAAAGCAGCAGCACCAACUCCUGUACAAACCCAGUCUGCUGUCUUUCAGCCCACAGACACCCCAGCGCCAGUAUUGGGGGAUGUGACAGUCCCUGUAGUAGCAAAAACUAGACAUGGAGGUCACUACCAAGCAGAAACGGUUUUAAUUCUUCAUGGAGAGGGCAGAGAAACAGGAACAAUUCAUGACUCGUGUGUCAAGCUCAAGCUUGUUUCUGUGUCAGAUGAAGGGGAGAUCUUUUUAGCAGACUGUGUGAACCAAAAGAUCCAAGUCUUCACCCUGCAGGGAACUUUUGUGAGACAGUUCCCAACAGUCGUGUCGGGUGAAGAGAAGAUGGGCCCAAAUGAUGUGGCCACAGACGGGAAGGGGAACCUGUGGGUGGUGGGGGGUACAUACUCUGCUGACUAUGCAGUGCAGUACAACAAACAGGGCAGGAUGCUGAGGAAGAUUGAUCUACAGUGGGUACACAGGAAUAGAGGUAUUGCCGUGGACACCAGGAGGAACCACAUCCUCAUCACACAAGCUACAGGAGAUGGGGACAAUGAACAUGGUGAAGUUUUGGUGUUCAGGCCGGAUGGGACACUUGUGAGAACUGCAAGUAGAAGCUGGAUGGGAUGGUUCAAAUCUCUAUUCUGGAAGCAGAGGAUCCAGAUGAAGCAUCCACGAUACAUCACUGUUGAUGAGGAAGGGACCAUUUUCGUGACAGACUGUGGGAAUGACUGCGUCUUUGUGUACAACGGGGACGGACAGUUUCUGUUCCAGUUCGGAGGUUUUGGAAGUGGUAAAGGUCAGCUGUACUGUCCUGCUGGCAUCUGUACAGACAGGGCUGGUUACAUUGUCGUGGCAGACGCUGGAAACAGUCGUGUGGUGAUGUUCGACAAGACUGGCAGUUUCCUCAAACACAUCACUACAGACGUGGAGACACCGUGGGGUGUUGCCAUGGCACCACAGGGACAACUGGUGGUGACAAAUUGUGAUUAUAGCAGUAAUGUCAUCAUCCAAGUCCUCUAAC